GCGGUAACAUUAGUUAUUUUUCCCGGGUUGCUCUGCUUCUGCUCCUGCACUGAAACUUUAAUCUGAUUCUUUCCUUUUUCCCUCCGCCCCUCCUCUCGUUACCGCGCCACCGUUCCCACCGGAAACAUCUUCUAACCUCCUCAGCUCGUCCUUUUACACUGCUGGAACCCUAGCUCUGAUUUCCUCGUUUCCAUUCCCGUUAAAUUGAUGCAAACAUGAGUUCAUUUUCCAUCACUCGGAAAAAGACUCCUUUCCAGAAACACAGAGAGGAGGAAGAGGCAAAGAAGAAGAGAGAGGAGGACGAAACUGCUCGAUUGUAUGCGGAAUUCGUGGAGUCAUUUCAAGGAGAUAAUGCACCCGGGUCUAAGACUUUUGUUCGUGGAGGAACUAUUAACCCCAAUGAGAAAUUGAAGAGCGAAUCCGAGGGUGAAAAGUCCAAAGAUGGGGUAUCUGUUCCAAAGAAGGGAAGUAGAUAUGUCCCAUCGUUCAUUCCACCUCCACUGGCAUCCAAGGGAAAAGAAUCUGACAAGAAGGAGCUGGACAAGCCAAAGGAGAAAGAAAAAGGAAAGUCUAGGAACAUCGAUCAUUUUAUGGAGGAGCUGAGGCACGAGCAAGAGAUGAGGGAAAGAAGAAAUCAAGAUCGCGAACAUUGGCGAGAAGGACGCCAUGGAGAAAAUUCAACAGUAUGUGCUUUCAGCACCGAGUAUAAUAUCUUUUUAAUCUCUCUAAGAUAUUUAUGUGCAGGAGUCGUUGUUUAUGGGUAUGAACUGAAAAUUGGAUGGGGAAAGUCUGUCGCUCUUCCAUCUCAAGCAUUACCAGCACCUCCUCCAGGUCAUAUGGCCAUUAGAAGUAAAGAGGGUGCCACCGUUAUCUUAUCUGGCUCAUCAGGACCGCCAGUCACUUCUGUCCCAAGUCAAAAUUCUGAACUGGUUCUGACACCCAAUAUUCCGGAUAUUACUGUUGAACCGCCUGAGGAUGAUCAUCUCCGCCAUGUCAUUGACACUAUGGCUCUUUACGUUCUGGAUGGAGGUUGUGCCUUUGAACAAGCUAUUAUGGAGAGGGGUCGGGGAAAUCCUCUCUUCAACUUCUUGUUUGAGCUUGGUUCAAUAGAACAUACUUACUAUGUUUGGCGACUUUACUCAUUUGCUCAGGGGGAUACUCUUCAAAGGUGGAGAACUGAACCUUUUAUCAUGAUAACUGGUAGUGGGAGAUGGGUUCCACCGCCUCUUCCAACUGCUAAAAGCCCAGAGCUAGAGAAGGAGUCUGGUCCCACAUAUGCUGCUGGAAGAAGCAGACGUGCGGAGCUUGAAAGAACAUUAACUGAUUCACAAAGAGAUGAGUUUGAGGACAUGCUUCGGGCAUUGACACUAGAAAGGAGUCAGAUAAAGGACGCAAUGGGGUUUGCAUUGGAUAAUGCUGAUGCAGCUGGAGAGAUAGUUGAAGUUUUAACAGAAUCUCUAACACUGAGGGAAACUCCUAUUCCUACCAAAGUUGCACGGUUGAUGCUCGUGUCUGAUAUCCUUCAUAACAGUAGUGCUCCUGUCAAGAAUGCAUCUGCAUACCGCACAAAGUUUGAAGCAUCAUUACCUGACAUCAUGGAGAGCUUCAAUGAUCUGUAUCGCAGUAUAACAGGGAGAAUUACGGCAGAGGCCCUCAAGGAACGAGUACUGAAAUUGUUGCAAGUAUGGUCCGAUUGGUUUCUGUUCUCAGAUGCUUAUGUGAAUGGAUUGCGAGCCACAUUCCUUCGCUUAGGAAACUCGGGUGUGAUCCCUUUUCAUUCAUUGUGUGGCGAUGCCCCAGAGAUUGAACGGAAGGCCAAUAGUGAUAAUUUAGGAGAUGGGGGUAAAAUCAAUCAAGAUGCUGAAUUGGCAAUGGGAAAAGGAGGAGCUAUGAAGGAGUUAAUGAAUCUUCCCUUUGGAGAAUUGGAAAGAAGGUGCAGGCAUAAUGGAUUGUCUCUUGUUGGUGGUAGAGAAAUGAUGGUUGCACGUUUGCUGAGCCUCGAAGAGGAAGAAAAACAGAGUGGAUUUGAACUUGAUGAACACUUAAAGUAUAGUAAUUCUCAUUCUGGUAGAUAUUCAAGUAGCUCGAGAGAAACUAAAGUUGAUCGUGAUCGAGCAGAAAUUUCUGGAUGGAAUCGUUUUGGGGAUGAUGAUACAGAUUUCCAAAGGAUGGGUUCUGUGCCUUUGGCUCAAACUCUUUCCAUUCCACAGCCUGAACUAAAAGGCUUCACGAAGUCGGGGAAAAAUGAGCCCGUUUUGCCCAUCUCUAAAUGGGCGAGGGAGGAUGAUGAAAGUGACAAUGAGCAAAAAGGAGGUACUAGAGGUCUUGGAUUAAGUUACUCAUCUUCUGGAAGUGAAAAUGCGGGCGAUGGUUCUAGUAAAGCCGAUGAGAUGGACAUUACUACGGAGGCAAGUAUUCUUAUGCAACCUGAUAAUGGGUUGAAUGAAGAGCAGAGACAAAAGUUAAGACGUGUAGAGGUGGCUUUGAUCGAAUAUCGUGAGUCCUUGGAAGAACGGGGCAUCAAAAGUGUAGAGGAAAUAGAGAGGCGGGUUUCGAUUUAUCGAAGACAACUAGAAUCUGAACAUGGAUUGUCAGAUUCCAAUGAGACUGCAUUAAGGAAGAGGAGGAGGGAUAGACCAGAUGACAGCAAUGAUUCAUCAAGAAAGUUGCAGCGUAGCCGGAGCCAUAGCGAUAGCCCAGUACCAAAGUCAUUCAACCGAGACAGGGACAGGGAAAACGACGUGGACCGGGAGCAAGAAAGAUCAAGAGACAGAGAUGGCGAGAAGAGUGGAAGCAGAGAGAGGGACGAUCAUGACCGAGAUAGGGGUAAAGAUAGAGACAGGGAUAGGAGAAGACGAGCAAAAUAAGAAUCGUUCCGAUCAGAUUCUGCCAAGGAAGUUCAUGUCUAAGUCGUGUACAACGUGUUCCCAAACUUGAGGCAGUCUCUCGCAAUCAAGAAACGUGAAAGUUUUACUCGGAUGUCGUGGAGAAAAACAGCAUAUUGUAGUUUGUGUUACCCGUUCGUGUUUAAAGAAAAACAAGGUAUGAAUGUUAUGGAGAAAAAAGGGGAAUUUUACUCAUCCUGUGUAUGGUAAGAUGUUAAAUUAUAGGCAGAAAUGUUGUUGCCCAUCAAAGUGAAAACUCCCGUAUGAUCAUAUUUGUCCCAAAUAUUAGGUUUUUGUAUUGGAACAUUUUCUUCACCAUUCCCUAUAUCCCCUCUUGAAGAGCCGUUUGGUAUAAGAGAUCGAAUUGGUAUCUUACCCAUUGAGUUAUGCUU